GAAAACUAACUGUACUCCCGUCUCCUGCCUGGUCAUUUCUCCACAACACAAAUAUUACAGUGGCGACGAGGUGAUCAAACUUCUUUAACGGACAUUGCUUGAAGGGAAGAAUGUUGCGUGAGUAAUGAAACUCAAAAUAAUUAUGUAAUUCGUCAGUUAUUUUUUAUUUUCUUUCGCCAGUAAAAAAAGGCUAAGCACUGCUAGCAGGUACAGUGUUCAGGAGCUGCCAAGUAGCAAGACUAUUGGAGUCCAGAAUAGCAACACUGCCCUCUGGUGGUUAAAUAAAAAAGACUGUCAUUGAACCCAUUGAAAUUAGGCGAUCUCGGUGGAGAAAUAUUGUCAAGAAAAAAUUUAAAAAGGAAGAAGGAACGUAACACGGUGUGUACAUUAUUACAAAUGAGUGCAGUGAAUUAAGUAAUUACAGAAAAUUCCGAAGUGAAGAAUUAGAUGAAAAUUAAGGAAUACAAGGAAUAAGAAAACUGGAAUAAGGAAAAUGGCAACCAUUGGUCGAGUACCAGAGUUUGGUCGAGUACCAGAGUUUGAGGCUACAAAAGAGGAUUUGAUUCCUAUUUGGAGCGUUUUGAGUGUUGACUGGCUGCAAAUGAAAUCAAAGAUGAAAAGAAAGCAGACGUAUUUCUCAAUGUUUUGGGUCCAACUGAGUAUGGAUUGCUGAAAGGUCUCAUUGAACCAAUAAAAGCAGUGGAGUUGAACUAUGCAGAACUGACUGAAACUCUUUCAAGGCAUUUCAAGCCUAAGCCAAUUCUCAUUGCAGAACGUUUCAGAUUUUACCAACGUCACCAGAGUCAAGGGGAAACCGUGGCUGACUACAUCCUUGCUUUGAAAAGGCUGGCAAGUACAUGUGAGUUUGCACAAUUUCUUGAUGAUGCUCUUCGAGACAAGUUUGUAUGUGGUCUCACAGGUGAAGCAUAUCACAGAAGGCUUCUGUCAGAGAAGGACCUGACCUUUCGGAAAGCCUGUGAUAUCGCACUUGGACUCGAGCUUGCCCACAGGAAUACUAUUGAGCUAUCGGGAUAUGCAGAACGUCAGAAAGGUGUUCACAAGGUCAGUGAUGCACGUGGUGAAAAAGGCUCACAAAAGUCACACUUUUCAAAGUCCCGUCCUCAAGGUUACACAAGAAAAAAGCAGCCCACAUCUCAAAAGUCUAAGCCAAGUUGCUACAGAUGUGGGGGAGAUAAUCAUCAGCACAGUGAAUGUCAAUUCCAAAAUGUAAAGUGCCACAAUUGUGGAAAGGUUGGACAUUUACAGAAAGUGUGUAAAGCCUCAAAACGCACAGCAAGAGCGCACAAAGUGUCAGACGCAGCACAAGAAGAGGAAGGUACAACUGAAACAGUAUUGGAACUGUCCACAGUGUACACAGCUCAACAACAAAAAGAUGGAAUCUAUCUCAACAUGGAGUUAGCGGGAAAACCAGUAAAAAUGCAGCUGGACACCGGAGCGUCUGUAUCUCUGGUUCCAGAGAGACUCUACAAAGAAAAACUGAAAGAGUGCCCUCUUCAGCCAGCGUCCAUCCGCCUUUCUUCAUACACUGGUGACACUAUUCCUGUGUAGGGCAGAUCCAGGUACCAGUCCGUCCGGUAUGAGGGGAAGGAGUGGACGCUACCGCUUGUCAUUGUUAAAGGAGAAAAAUCAGCCUUGCUAGGCAGAAACUGGCUACAAAAGAUCAAGUUGAACUGGGGAGAAAUCUUCAGUCUGAGAAAGGACAAACCAGUGAGUCAGGCUACACUCACUAACAUGCUGGAGAAGCACAAAGAACUUUUCAAAGAUGGCUACGGCGAAAUACAAGACUUCACAACAAAAGUCAGAGUGCAAGAAGGAACCAAGCCUAUCUUUCACAAACCACGUCCAGUUCCCUAUGCUCUUAAGGAAGCAGUAGAGAAGGAACUGGACCGCCUACAGAAGAAUAACAUAAUCACGAAAGUAGCGAGGAGUGACUGGGCCGCUCCGAUUGUUGUAGUCCCAAAGAAAGACAAGACCGUCAGAAUGUGCGGUGACUACAAGGUCACAGUAAAUCGCUGCACACUACCAGAGGAAUAUCCACUACCAAACGCUGAAGAUCUGUUUGCCACUCUAGCUGGUGGGAAGGUUUUCAGUAAGCUGGACCUGGCAUUCGCUUAUCAGCAACUGAAGCUGGAUCCGGAGUCAGAACAGUAUCUGACCAUCAAUACACACAAGGGGCUAUUCAGAUUCAAUCGCUUGGCCUAUGGAAUCUCGACAGCUCCAGCGAUAUUCCAACACACAAUGGAUCAGAUCUUGGACGGUAUUGACAACGUUGUGUGCUUCAUGGACGACAUCCUCGUGUCAGCACCAACCAUUGGAGAGCACCUUGCUCCUGAACUAUUACGGAAAGUUUGUGGCAAACUUGUCCACAUUGUUGCAUCCGCUUCACCAACUGCUGCAGGCCGAUACAAAGUGGAAUUGGUCCCCACAAUGCGAAGAAGCAUUCAAGACUUGCAAACAGCAUCUGCUAAAGAGCAAGUGGCUUGCCCACUACAACACAGAGAUGAAGCUGAGACUCGCGUGUGA